AUGACCCAUGACCAGUUAGAGAUCAAACACUCCCUCGCGGUUCCGGAGUUCGGUGAACAAAUCAUUUAGGAGUUCCACUCCUGGAGUUGCAGCCACAAUCUCUUCCCACAGGAACACCAUCAGAACGCCUCUCCGCACACACGGUCCCCCACCACACAAGCUUACACACAACACAUACAGCUCACACAGUCAUCCUAUACACAUAACAAACACAGCCACCACACACACCAACAGUAUCUUCACAGCCUCCACACACAGAAAAAUACUGAUAGUGAAAGAAGGUGUAAUAUUGUGCAAUAAUUGAAGAUCAAAUAGUUUAAACAGUGAAUUAAAUGACUUUACUUUAUCACUCUUGGCACCGACUGUGACAACUGAGCUCAUACACAAUGGAGUUAACACCUCCUUUAAGGGUCUCCUGCAAUAUGAAGGGUGUAGUAGAUCAACUUUAGACAACAGAGAACAGGAGGUAACAUCGGCUGGACUAGCGCAGCUUGGAAGUUCCGGAGUGGACGAGUAGCUGAAAGCUGUGUAUGUCACCCGGUGGAGGCAGGAAAGAGCAUUGGUGACACAAGAGUCUUUGAACAGAAAUGGGGCAAUGAUGUUGUUUACUGAGGUUUGAGCACUUGAGAGUAAGUCAGUUGGAACUUUGGUGAGUAUGGAGUCUGUGGAACUGUGGAAACUGAAAGGAGACAAAGAUGAGGUUUAAUGUAAGUUGAGCACGUGAGAGAACGUUCGUAUGAAUGGUGGACAUUCUGAUAGAAGGGCAAGCUAGUAGACAGUUAGUGAAACUGCUUGGCAAUGCGGCUGCAUGGAGCUCUGUAAUGCCAUGUGUGAUGGACCACCUGGCACCCCGACUGGGUGCCUCCACCAAUCACUGCUUCCUAGUAACUACUACCACUUCCAAGCACUCUACCAGACACCAUCAGCACCGUAGUCCUGACUUCCAACGUUACAGCUUGGAUGGGGUCUCGCUGUCUUCCACCCACCCUGGACCCAAGACCAGGAUCCAGCUUCCAGUGGGCAGACCUGUCCUACUCCAGAAAGUGUGGCAGGCUGCUCUUACGAGAGCAAGUGAUUAUAAACACGAGGGAGUAUAGUGAUAUAGCAAUCCCCAGAGCAGAUACAGCUGUUCCCCCCCACACAUGAGAUGAGACUCUAUGUUGAGGGUAGGCAGGAACUCAUUUAUUGGCAGCCACAACUAGCCUUAAAUGCAGGUCCCCAUGCAAGGGGCACUCCCCCUCUGGAACUGAAAGUAGACUACAGUAAAAUCAACCACACAAUGACAUUGGCUCUCAGGUCCAGACACUCCCAUACACAAAUGAGACAAUCCCUCCUCUGUGCCUGCGAGAUAAUUGGAUCAGGAACUGUACUAAUCUAAUUAUCUCCAAGCACAGAAAAAAACAACAAACAUACAUUUUUACAAACCCUCAAAAAUACCUUAAAACACACAAACCCCCCACAAAAGUUACAUCCCCCGAUAGCCCUGAUCUGGGUGAAAAAACAUAUCCAAAAAUCACACAGAUCAGUUCAGGGAUUCAGGAAUUUUCUGGAAGUCUUAAUUUUGACCGAGCGCCGGCAUGGUUCCAGAGAAUCAGGGCUUGCGGUCAGUCUAGUUCGGUAGUUUUAAAAGUGAACAAACUACCAAACAGAGUCAAUAGUCUUACCCUGGAGCUGGAUCCCCUUGUUCAUGGGAACAUUUUCACCGAACAGCGCUUUUCUAAGUGUUGUGGAAUGGACCGCAGGCGAUGCUGGAAGUCCAUCGGUGUUCGGGAGUUUCUGUGUCUGUUUUCAGUUCCAUGAGAUUCAUGCCCAAACACCGCUGAAUGAUUUCAUGCGAACAAGAUGGCUGCCACCUCGUGGUCGUCCAUAGGAAUAGUGGCCACCCAGACAAACUCUUAGAAUACUGAGGUGGGAAUUGCUACAAAGUAGCAAUUAGGCUUAAUAAGCUCCAGGGUGGUCUCCGGUUCGUGCGGCUGUUCGGUUCCGGAACCAAAUAUAAAAUCCCACGAACCAAUUCUGUUCACAUAGUUUUUUUAAAGGGCUCAUAGUCUUUUGGUAAAAGGCUGGCCAGCAGGCCUCUCCAAGAACACGUGAUGAGACUCAGUUCAUCACAUUUCUUUCCCCCCCCCCCAAGGGAAGAUUAACCAGGUACCUGAUCUUCUGUCUGUCAGUACCUGAGUUAGUCGAGUAGCCCACCCAUAAACAAACACUUGACCUGGUAGCUUCUGGUGUCCGGCUCUGUCCUGUAUGUCCCAGGUUGUUGAGUGGGUGUCCGUCACCCCCGAUCUCCCUUGUGCUCCCCGGCAUGGAGUUGUGGGUUCUUGGUGGGCAGAGGCCAGCGGCACUUAGCCCCGUAGCCAGCGUUACAGCCCAAAUCAUAUGGGCUGGUAGGGCAGAGGCCAGCUGCUCUCUGCAAUGGUUUGCCAGCUCCGCUGCUAGGAUGGCCUGCGGGUAUACAAGCCCUGGACAAAGGGAAAGGGGAGGGCAAAGGCCAGCUGCCCCCUGCCCGGAUGCCAGCACUUCUGCUGGGGGGACCUGGGGACAGUCCGACGCUGUAAUUAGGGGACUGGUAGGGCAGAGGCCAGCUGCACUCUGCCCUGAUGCCAGUUCUUCCGCUGGGAUGGACCCGGUUGGGCAGCUGCUGCUGAGAGGAGGAAUCGUCCACCUGCUCCCUGUAUUCCUCUUGUAGUGGGGAAGAGGGGACAUCUGUCUCCUCUUCCGGUACCUCCGGCUUCCGCUGGGGAGGAGGACCGAUUGUCCCCUCUCCCUGUAUGGUAUGCCGCCGCUGAGGAGUAGGACCAACGGUCCUCCCUCCUGAUACUUCCAACUGCAGUUGGGGAUGUGGGCCGGCUGCCCGGCAUCCCUGAAGGGCUGGUGGAGAGACCUUUGUCCCAUUUCCACCUGCCAGAUGGGGUUCCCCCCAGGACCAGUGUUUGAGGUCCCCCUGUAAUUGAGAAGAAGGACCAGCUGUCUUCUCUUCCGGCAUCCCGGCUGCCGCUGGGGAGAGAGACCGGUUGUCUCCUCUCCCUGUAAGGUAAGCUGCCGCUGGGGAGUCGGACCGACAAUUUCCUCUCCCUGUGAGACCAACUUUCUCCACUCCUAGGGCUACUUGGCGCUGCUGGGAUGAGGGACCGACAAUAUCCUCUGCCUGUGACACUGCCUGGUGCUGGGUAGUGAGACCGACUAUCUCCACUCCCAGGGCUGCUUGUUUCUGCUGGGAUGAGGGACCGACAAUCUCCUCUCCCUGUGAUGCUGCCUGGUGCUGGGUAGUGAGACCGACUAUCUCCACUCCCAGGGAUGCUUGCGGCUGCUGGGAUGAGGGACCAGCAAUCUCCUCUUCCUGUGACGCUGCCUGUUGCUGGGUAGUGAGACCGACUAUCUCCACUCCCAGGGCUGCUUGCUGCUGGUGGGAUGAAGGACCUACAAUCUCCUCUCCCUGUGACGCUGCCUGUUGCUGGGUAGUGAGACCGACUAUCUGCACUCCCAGGGCUGCUUGCUGCUGGUGGGAUGAAGGACCUACAAUCUCCUCUCCCUGUGACGCUGGCUGCCGCUGGGGAGAGGAACUGAUCAUCUCUCCAUCCUCUGUAAGAUCUAUUAAAUCUCCAGCCUCCAUGGCCCGCUGCAGCACUUCUCGGUCUCUCCACUCUGCCCGUGACCACCUCCUGUCCAUUGUCCGCACCCGUACGGCCAACUCACGAUAGCAGGACUUCUCAUGGAUGGCUCCCUUCCUAUGGAAUAGCCUGUCUACCGCCAUCAGACUCUCCCCUAGUCUUGCAUCUUUUAAAAAGUGCCUUAAAGCCCAUCUCUUAAGGAAAGCUUAUGGCCUCCCAGACUAACCUCUACCUCACAUACCCAUCUCUUGCUCUCUCCUAAAGGGCAGCACUCUACUCUCUCCUCCAGCUUGCCUCACUCACACCUUAUUUGAUUGCAAAUUCCUGUCCUAUUGUGUUUUACACCCCACCUCCUCUAGUAUGUAAGCUUGUUUGAGCAGGGUCCUCUUCAACCUAUUGUUCCUGUAAGUUUUUUGUAAUCGUCCUAUUUAUAGUUAAAUCCCCCUCUCGUAAUAUUGUAACGCGUUACGGAAUUUGUUGGUGCUAUAUAAAUGGCAAUAAUAAUAAUAAUAAUAAUGGUAACAUCUAAGUCUUCUUCCAACUUUAAGAUUGUAUUUAUUUUAGUUUCUGGGGUAGAUUUGUUGAUGAUCUGUCUAAUUUUGGAAGAUCUUAAAGGUUGCGAUCUUUACAAGAUCGUAUCCAAACGAGAUUGAUCUAUUAUUUGUAUUAUUCUAAGAAAGUUAACAAUUCUCAAGUAUGUAAAUCUUUCUUUGUUGGGCAGAUCACAUUUCUGUUGGAGAUCAUAAAAGAAAUUGGGAGAAAUAUUAGAUCCUAGUUGGCCAACUUUUACAAUAUUUUCCCCUAACCACUCGGUAAGUCAAGAUCUCUUAUGAAUAGUUUAAUCAUUUCUAGAGGGGAUUUACACAGAAUUUGAUUAUGAACAAGGAAAACAUUUUUUAUCGGAUCUAUUGAUUUAGACAUUUGUAAUAUUAUCCAAUUAUUUAUUCAUAGAUUUUUAAACAAUUUAAUGUCAAGUCAAAAGAAAAGCAAGGGAUCUAUUCCUACACAUUGUUCUUUCUCUAUCUUGUACCAUGUUUUCUCUGGUUUUAGUCUUGUUUUAGUCGACUAAAUCUCCAGUAGAUUUUAGUCAACACGACUAAAAUUUAAUGAUUUCAGUUAAAGCCUCUAUUUGUCUUUUUUGCCCCUUCCCCAGCCCUUCUGUGUCUCUUCGUGUUCCCCCAGACCCUCUAGGUGUCUCUCUCACAAUCCCCGGUCUCUAUAUCUUGGCGGCAAAUUUCAAUUUAGUUUUAGUCAUAGUCUUUUGACUAAAAAGUCAUUUUAGUUUUAGUCGUAUUUUAGUCGUCUGAAUUGUUUUAGUUAUAGUCUAAUUUUAGUCGACUAAAUUUCAAAAAUUCAGUCUGGACCCAGGAAAGCAAGUCUCCUAUAUUAAAAAGUGUUGUAAGGUAUGUGUGUGAGAACAUGUAUUUGUGCGACUGGAAACAUGUACCAAGGAGGGGACCAACCAGUCAAUCUGUAAUGACCCAUGAGUUCUGAUGGUAGCCCUGAACGCAUGCAGAUUGGUGGAGAGACAGUGAAAAUGUUAGCAUGAAAAUGGCAGAGCCAAACGAGAGGCUGGCAAAGAAAUAGCAGGAAAGAGACAGGCAUGAUAAUUCACUAAACACUGGAUUUAUCUGAAUGGACUAAAUCCUGUGAAAAUGAAUUCUUAGCGGGAAGGCAAUUUGUCAUAUUUACUAAAGAUAUUUCCAAUUGGAUGGAUGCAUUUGGUGUCUGUUUUAAAACGAUCGAUGCUUUUCUCGUUUGAACCAUAUACAAAGCAUAUGAUACAGUAUAUUCACAAAGCUAAAAAAGGUAAAAAUAAAUAAAUAAAAAAAUUAGGACUCAAUGUAUCCUGCAGGAUGCACGUUCACACAUAAUAGUUCUCUUGUUUUUUUCCAAGUUAACAAAAAUUUUAGGUAUUAUUUGCCUCUACCCGUGUGAUAGGUAGGGGCAUAUCUACUAAAUAGUGAGCAGCCACUGGCUAUAUUAACUGGCGACUGGGCAGCCACUGCGCUGCUCACUAUUUAGUAGUGCUCUAAAGGCCCCAUCACAAUGGUCCUUCUAUAGCCCCAAUGCAUGGGCAUUGGGUGGGGUGGGGCUUUAAAUAAAAUAAUUACCUGUGACCAGUGAGUGGGGGCAAUAACAUGAAAAAAAAACACAAAAAGGGGACAUCCUACAAGGGCUAGUUAUUAAAUGGGCGAUGGCUGCUCACUGUUUAGUAGAUUUGCCACCACCCAGGUGGGGUCAUAAGGGAGAUUAAAAACCCUUGUAGUAAUCUGGAGGUCAUAUUGAUCUGCAUAAGCUUUUUUUUUUUGCACUUUUUAAUGUGAUGGUUGGCUGGCUGGCUGGCUGGCUAGCAUUGACCAGCCUGGGCCACCACAUGGUUAACCCGCGCACUGCCAAAGGUUGUAUAAGUAUUUACUCGCUGGCCUAUUCAUGAUCAUUUGAAGACGUAACUGCAAAGUCCAAACAUUGUUAAAAAAAAUAAAAAGGGACAAAUCAGGACUAUAAUUAUUAUUAUUGGCAUUUAUAUUAUUAUUAUUGGCAUUUAUAUUAUUAUUUUAUUAUUAUUUUAUUAUUUAUAUAGCGCCAACAAAUUCCGUAGCGCUGUACAAUGGGUGGACUAACAGACACAUAAUUGAGAUCAGACCACUGACGUACAGGAACAGAGGGGGUUGAGGGCCCUGCUCGAUGAGCUUACAUGCUAGAGGGAGUGGGGUAUAGUGACACAAAGGGUUAAAGUAAGGGAAUUAAAUAGUUUGUUACAGAAGGGUUUAUUGAGUGCUUGGUAGGUCAUUUUUGACAGGUGAAGGAACGGAGUCAUGGGGUGGGGGAUGAGAAACCUGCUGACAGUUUAAUUGAUACGCUUUAAUGAAGAAGUGAGUUUUCAAAGAUUUUUUGAAGGAAUGGAGGCUGGGUGAAAGUCUGAUUGAGGAGGGAAGGGAGUUCCACAGAAUAGGUGCAGCCCUGGAGAAGUCUUGAAGGCGAGCAUCAGAGGUGGGGAUCCGGGCAGAGGAUAGGAGUAGGUCUUGGGCUGAGCGCAGGGGUCUCGACGGGACAUACUUGUGUAUGAGGGAAGAUAGGUAUGUUGGAGCAGCAUUAUGUAGGGAUUUGUAAGCAAGCGCCAGAAUUUUGAAUUGGGCCCUAUAUCUAACUGGAAGCCAAUGCAGUUUAUUACGCUGCCCUCGAUAACAUUAUAGAGGGAGAAAUUUCACAAUCAAUGAGAUAAAUACAAAAUGUUACAGGAAUGUAAAGGAGCUAUGGGAUAUGAUAUCAUAGAGUUCAAUGGACCUGCUGGAUAGGUAGGGGCCACUAGAGUAGGGAUGUGGUGGGCGGGGCCUGGCUCUCAAUUCAUGAAUGGUUAAUAUGACAGUGGGCGUGGCCCGACCUGGUUAAGCAGCGGUGGGCGUGGCCCCGGCAGGCUAACUAAUGAAUAGGUAAUGUAUCUGUGGGCGUGGCUAGCGGUGGGCGGGGUCCCGGCUGCUGUGCGUGUCGGUGCUCGGUGAGGGCCAUAGAGGCGGUCAGGGCAGGAGGGGACUGACAGCUCGGACACCGGGGGAGGGACCGGGGGGGGCGGCCUGGACCCACCGCUCACACCGCCAGGGCCGCUGCCCGAGCUGAGGAGGAGCCGGCCGGGGGGAGAGGCUGAGCCAGCAGCCGAAAGAGAGAGAGAGAGAGAGAGAGAGAGAGAGAGAGGGAGGACGAGGCGGCGGCUGCAGCAGCAGGUGAGAGAGAGAGAGGAGCUGGGCAUCGAUAGCCUGCAAUGUGCAAUGCUCUGCAAUGUGGGGGUCAUUAUAUAUAAUGUCAUUAUAUAUUCGGCUCUGCAAUGUGGGGGUCAUUAUGCUCUGCAAUGUGGGGGUCAUUAUAAUGCAAUCUGCAAUGUGGGGGUCAUUAUAUAUUCGGCAAUGUGCAAUGCUCUGCAAUGUGGGGGUCAUUAUAUAUUCGGCAAUGUGCAAUGCUCUGCAAUGUGGGGGUCAUUAUAUAUUCGGCAAUGUGCAAUGCUCUGCAAUGUGGGGGUCAUUAUAUAUUCGGCAAUGUGCAAUGCUCUGCAAUGUGGGGGUCAUUAUAUAUUCGGCAAUGUGCAAUGCUCUGCAAUGUGGGGGUCAUUAUAUAUUCGGCAAUGUGUAAUGCUCUGCAAUGUGGGGGUCAUUAUAUAUUCGGCAAUGUGCAAUGCUCUGCAAUGUGGGGUCAUUAUAUAUUCGGCAAUGUGUAAUGCUCUGCAAUGUGGGGUCAUUAUAAUGUUCUGCAAUGCUCUGCAAUGUGGGGGUCAUUAUAUAUUCGGCAAUGUGCAAUGCUCUGCAAUGUGGGGUCAUUAUAUAUUCGGCAAUGUGCAAUGCUCUGCAAUGUGGGGUCAUUAUAAUGUUCUGCAAUGUGGGGUCAUUAUAAUGUUCUGCAAUGUGGGGUCAUUAUAAUGCUCUGCAAUGUGUAAUGCUCUGCAAUGUGGGGUCAUUAUAAUGCUCUGCAAUGUGUAAUGCUGUGCAAUGUGGGGGUCAUUAUAAUGCUCUGCAAUGUGUAAUGCUGUGCAAUGUGGGGGUCAUUAUAAUGCUCUGCAAUGUGUAAUGCUGUGCAAUGUGGGGGUCAUUAUAAUGCUCUGCAAUGUGUAAUGCUGUGCAAUGUGGGGGUCAUUAUAAUGCUCUGCAAUGUGUAAUGCUGUGCAAUGUGGGGGUCAUUAUAAUGCUCUGCAAUGUGGGGUCAUUAUAUAUUCAGCAAUGUAUAGUGCUCAACAAUGUGGGAUCAUAUUAUAUCCAAUGUGGAGUGAGCUCUGCAGUUAUGUGUUGGGCUUUGCAGCAAUGUAUAGCUAUGUGUUGGGCUCUGCAGCAAUGUAUAGCUAUGUGUUGGGCUCUGCAGCAAUGUAUAGCUAUGUGUUGGGCUCUGCAGCAAUGUAUAGCUAUGUGUUGGGCUCUGCAGCAAUGUAUAGCUAUGUGCUGGGCUCUAUAUUUAUUGUGCUCUGUAUUUAUGUAAUGGGGCUGUGCAGCUGUUAAAGCCACCCUUUGCUGCUAUAUACAUUGAAGCAGUAUUGCAUGUCAGAAUGCAGUAAUAAUAACAAUGCAUUAUACAGUGCAGUUCACAUUGUCUGCUUUCACAGGCUGCCACAGUCAGACUGUAGGAUAAACACAGGACAGCGUGUGACAAGGGACAUGUGUCACUGUGUGCAUAGUCCUCUGUGUGACCCCAGGCUACUGGCAUUACAGCAAUGGCUCCUGACAGAAGCUCCCCCCUCCAUGAAUUACAGGUGUAUACACCUCCGUCAGCAGACAAGACUGAUCUCAUAUUACAUGUCCUUAGCAGGGUUCCAAUUUCUACCUGCAGAAAUGAGCAGUAACAAUGUAUUUACACAAUUAGCCUGGAUUAUGCACUAAUAUUGAUCAUGUUCCACUGUAUUACUCUGUUAAUAUUUUCUUCAUGGGUCAUGUCCUAUUUUAGCAUAAUUUUAUGUAAUAUUAUAAUUACUUGGACCCAAUUACUGUUCUCUGGAGCCUGUUUGUUAAUGUGGGUUGCAUUUGUUAAAUAUAUUGCAGUGGUUUUAAGCUAGUGUGCCACAGGUCCAAUGAAAGUUCCUUGUAUACGUGGGUUGAACACAAUCCUUAAAAAUUUAUUUAUUAAUGGGUUUUAGCAUUAAAAUGUUAUUCCCAUCUGAAUAAGAUGGACGCAAGCCCUUUUUCAGCCUAUGUGACUAUCUGACUAGUAAGCCAAUUUAGAUAGGAGUGUACACUGUGUGUGUUGCAUUGCUCUCUGCCAAGACCACAAGUAAAUGGAGAAUAAAAAAACAAAAAAUAACUCCAUGUGCCUUGGAACUGUUUCUUGGUCCUUUUGAAUGUUCUUUGGUCCAAAAAAGUGGGGAACCACUCAUCUAUUGCUUCCUCACUCAGCAAUUCCCGUGCCCCCCUUUUGCUUCACCCUGCUUGGUUAGUGUACCAUUUCGUACCCUGCACAACUCAUUGCAACUGUCUGUGCCACCUCAGUGACCAUCACAGAGCCGUCUUGAACUCUGAAGUUCCAAUCCCACUCCACACCAUUCUACUUUUGCAACUCCCAGUGUCGCAUUCUUCCUUUUCCUCUUUCCAUUUUUUUUCCAAAGUGCCCCAAUACUGUAUUUUUUUUUUUUUCCACUUUUUGCUUAACUCAGUACCUCCUCCCUAUCUGUUAAUCUUGCCACUUUUCGAUGCCUGCCCUUCAUUGGCCACUUUAUGGUGUGUGCCCUCCUCCUUUUUGCCACAUCCUGUCUCUCUCUGUUUACAUUCCACCUUCUGAUGUGCAACCUACACCAUCUCACCACCUCGAGGCAAACUGUCCUCCACCUUCUCACCACCUCCUAGUGCUCAGUCAUCUGCCUGUUCAUGACUUCAUGGAAGCCCGCACUUGUGUGGUAAUUAUUGAUUGUUUUUGUUAAUGCUUUUGAAUUUUAUCUCUCAGUUCUCAAUAUCCCCUUUAUCAUCUCAUUUCAUGUCUUGUGGUUUUUUUCUUGAUCGUUCUUUAGUUGGGUCUUGUGUUCACAUCCUCCUUUUUUGUUUUUUUAUAUUCCUUGAAAGUAAUUUGCUUUGUAAGUGUUUAGUCCUCACUUGCCUGCCACCUCCUUUCAUCAAUUCUUGUGUCCCCCUCCAGUUCAUCUCUCCUCGUGUGUCUUCACAGAGCCUGUUCCACCAUCCCCCUGAUGUUUGAUUUUUAAAAAAAAAAAAAUUUUUUAAAUGUUUUUUUUUUAUUUGUAAAGUUCAUUAAGGCCCUCUUUCCAUGUGUUGAAUUCUAACUUUCUUGAGUUAAAUUGCCUGGACUCUCGGGAUCUAUCUAAUUCCAUCUCGAGAAAGGGUUAAGUGAGGGUCCAUUGCUUUGUUGAAAACUCCAUGUUGUUGUUGCCAUUUUUAUAACGUCAGUGUAUUCAGAAGUGCUUUACAAUAAUGCAGUAGGGUUAAAUAAUGACGUGUAAUUGACUUAUAAUGACAAAAUAAUGUCAACCAAUACACAAAGUAAAGAAUCUCCUGCUCAAAAGCUUAUCUGAGUCUUGUCUCAAGCUCCAUGUCAGUGACAUCGUACCAAAAAUUAUUUUUUUAAUCCUUUGAUUGUUGAUGUGUAUGUGUCACACACACACUAGGUUUGUAAAAUUUACAUGUUCAUGCUUUCUUCAUUUUGGUCAUCCUUGGUCCAAAAACAAAAUUGAUACUUCACUUUUGGAAUUAGGAAUUCGUAAACUAAAGUAAUGAUGCAUUCACAACUGCACAACCUUGUUUUUAUCUAUGUUGACUCGCCAAGUGUUUCCUUUUCAUAUUCUUCUGUAAGACUGAAGCAAUGCCCAUUAGGUUACCGGUAUGUUAUGUAUAAAAUGCUAUUUUUGUGCUAAGUGCUAAAACUAGCACAAUCAGCAAGAAUCUUAUGAUGGUUUCUAUAGUAACCUUACUUUCUCAAAACGUACCAUUUCUGUAACCCCUUAAGGACCAAACGUCUGGAAUAAAAGGGAAUCAUGACAUGUCACACAUGUCAAUGUGUCCUUAAGGGGCUCACUUUAUUCUCUGUUUUUCCUCAACAUAGUUUUUGUAGACAUGGCAAAACCUUUGCUUGCCCUACUACGGUAAGUAAAUGUAAUGGCCGAUCAUGCAUUUUCUUUCAUUGAUGCAGGACUCCAUAACAUUUCAAUUCAUACCUUUUGGUUUCCAUAGUUCUGCUUGCGUUGAACAAGAAACUCCAUAUAAUUUCUACUUCUGAUCUGGCUCUUCUCCCCCCCCCCAUUUUCUAGAGUUCUCUGUAAUCACUUAUUUGAUUACAUUUUGUGGAUGUGCUGCAUUCUCAAUAAAUUGUGUUAGCACCUGGAUACCAUACAAAGAAAAUGCACAAGAAUGAGAUGCAUGUGUAAAAUAAGUCCCAUAGAACAACAUUUUUGCACAAGUAAACCGUAUCCUUGUUUCUCUUCAGUAUAGCUUACAUAUAAUCCUAUUUAUCUGAUUUACAUAGGUUCCUUACUCCUUGUACUGAAAUGAUCCUCAACCUCUAAAAAUAGACAUUUUACUAAUGCGUACAGAUAAAACAAAAAUACUGAUCUUUUAAAAUGCACCUCAAACAUAUUUUGAACCAUACAUUUUUAAAUAAAUAUAACUAAUAUAAAAAAUCAACUGCUACUUAUUAAAGGACUUAUAAAGAUCAUAAAACAGUAUUAUCUCUCUCUCUCUCACAUUUAUAACCUUUUAGGUCAAUCUAUGUGUAUAUAGAAUAGUGAAAAUGUGCAACUGAUUAUUAUUAUUAUUAUUAUUGCAUCAUAUGCAUCAUUAUAUUGCAUAUGGUACAUGUCUUGUUAAUAUUCUGUCUUACUUUGUGCAAGAUGAAUUAUAGCUCUUUGGCUGUCCAUUUAUUUAAUGGACGGAGUGCAGCUGUCAGUUGAACAGACUCUAUUGCAAUUAGGUAGUAUCCAGUGGAAGGUAUGUGCUUCGAGGCUUGGACUUAAAGGGAUACUCUCAUUAGAAAUAGUCUAUGCACCACGGUACUUUAAAAAUGAUCAUAUACUUGUUUUUGGGUUUUUUUCAAAUUAUAUUCGGAUCUGGUCAAAUUAUUUAUUUUUUAUUUUUUAAUCAAAUGGUUCAAAGAAGCUUUCAUGAUCAGUAGAAAGGCUUUAGCUACUCAAUCGAUUACUGAUUCUGAAUGGCUCCAGACACCACAGUUACUCUUGUUUUGUGUUGACAUUUUUGAUGCAGUCUCAAGAUGGCGUCCACCACAUUGAGCAAAUGUCGCAUCUUUGAGUAGUGACUACAAUUGAACUUGCUAUAGCUCAGUUAGAUAAUAAAUAUUAUCUUGGGAUUUUUAAAAAACAAUUUAUGGAAAUACUUUCUAGUGGCAUUGUCACUUUAAUAUCUAUUGUUAAAAUCAAAUAUAGGUAACAUUUGCUGUGGAUGGUUAGAUUUUAGAAUGGUCAACCUUUUGAGGAUGUGUCGAAUGAAUAGUGCCACAUUAUCCUGUUCAGUUUCUAGCGGUUCUCAAGAUUGUAUUCAAGUCUAGAAUUUAGGGGUUACAGAAUUUCGCUCCAAUAGGUGAAUUCAUUUAAAGGGACACUAUAGUCACCAGAACAACUACAGCUUAUUGUAUUUGUUCUGUUGAGUAGAAUACUUCCCUUCAGGUGUUUUGCAGUAAACACUUUCUUUUAUAGCCUAGGGAUACCUCCAAUGGCCACUCCUCAUAUGGCUAUAAGGUGCUUCCUGGGGCAGUGCUGCACAGCGAGCAACACUGUCAUUCAGUGUCUCCACCUUCUGCAUGCAGACACUGAACUUUCCUCAUAGAGAUUCAUUGAUUCAAUUCAUCUCUAUGAGGAGAUGCUGAUUGGCCAGGUCUGUGACUUGUGCUGGCUUUGUCCCUGAUCUGCCUCCUUGACAGUCUCAGCCAAUCCUAAGGAGAAACAUUGUUCGUGGCUCAGAUCACCACUUCUGAUGAUGUCAGAUCAUAGGCAGACAGGCAGAGCUAGCAGCUGCAGACUUGAAUACUAGGGAUCGACCGAUAUUGAUUUUUUUUUUUUUUUUAGAGCAGAUACCGACAAUCUGUGAACUUUUAGGCCGAUAGCCGAUAACUUGCCAAUAUUCUAUACAUUUACCAUUUUGAAAAAAUAAACUAUUUCUAAAGGUAAAUGCACAAAAUAUACAUGCCACAUGUAGUGGAUGCAGUGUGUUUAGACAGGGGAGCUGUGUGUGUGUAGUGGAUGCAGUGUGUAUUUGUGUAGUGUGUAGUGGAUGCAGUGUGUAUUUGUGUAGUGUGUAGUGGAUGCAGCGUGUAUUUGUGUAGUGGAUGCAGUGAGUGUGUGAUGUGUGUGUGUUUGUGUAGUGUGUAUAUAUAGUGAAUGCAGUGAGUAUUUGUGUAGAGUGUGUGUGUGUCUUUGUGUAGUGUGUGUAUAGUAAAUGCAGUGAGUAUUUGUAUAGUGUGUGUGUCUUUGUGUAGUGUGUAUAGUGAAUGCAGUGAGUAUUUGUGUAGUGUGUGUGCGUGUGUAUAUAGUGAAUGCAGACAGUGUGUGUGUAGUGUGGGUAAAGUGAAUGCAUUGUGUGUGUUUGUGUAGUGUGUGUAUACAGUGUAUGUGUGUGUAUGUGUGUGUGUGUAUGUAUGUAUAUGUGUGUGUGUAUGUAUGUGUAUAUAUAUAUAUAUAUAUAUAUAUAUAUAUAUAUAUAUAUAUAUAUAUAUAUAUAUAUAUAUAUAUAUAUAUAUAUAUAUAUAUAUAUAAUGCAGAGUGUGUUUGUGUAGUGUGUUUUAUAGAUGUAAUUUGUGUAAAAUGGGGGGGCAUUAUUUAUUUUAAUAUUUAAAUGUGUGUUGGUUUUUUUUUUUUUUUUAGUCCUCCUUCCCUGCUUCUUACCAGGUAAAGGGGAUAUAGUAUUCCCUGGUGGUCCGGUGGCUUGUUAAGAACUGGGGGGGGGUCGGCAGCAAGCGGUUACUUACCUUGCCAGCAGCUCCCCAGUGUAAAUCUCGCGGCCCUUAGUGCCGCGCGGAGUGUUGCCAUGAUAACCCGUGGCAACGCUCUAUGGCCGCGGGACUCGCAAGAUUUGCACUAGGAUGUUGCUGGAAAGGUAAGUAACAGCUUGCUGCCGGCCCCCCCAGGAACGCCCGGCUUGUAAUGAGCCCGGCGGUCCUAGGAGGUAUUAUCGGCAGUAUCGGUAUCUAUAUUGGCUGAUAUAUUGCCGAAAAUACUGAAUAUCAGCCGAUAAUAUCGGUAAAACCAAUAAUCGGUCGAUCCCUAUUGAAAACAAAUAAAAUUUUACUAUAUUUAGGGUGGCAAGAGGGGGCCAGGAGGGGCUAGAUGGGGAUUUUAACACUACAGGGUCAGAAAUACAUGUUUGUUCCUUUAAAAAAAGAAGUUCAUAUACCAUUAAAGUGUCAUGGCAGUUGUAAUUAUACAGCAACUGUGGAUCUAUCAUUUGGGCACUCCUUGCCAGCGAUUAUGGGUACUAGAUAUGCCAUAAUCUGUGAUUUUUUUUAAAAUUUUUUUUAAUUUUUUUUUUUUGUUCCCACAAAAUUGCUACCUACACAUUAGAAGGAGGCAAUAGAUUUGAGGGCUGACACAGGGCUGCUUUUACAUGUCAGGUGUCUAUAGGUACAGAAUCUUCCUGCUCCCCUCUCCCCUCAUCCCUCAUUGUCCACCAGAACCACUUUCCUUGGAUCGAAACCCACACUAUAUAUCUCUAUCCUCGCUGUCCAAAUAGCGUUCUGAUUGGAGAAUACGUGCCCAAAUUAAAUUUACUGAAUUGUGGCUAAUCUCCAGGCUGGUUAGGAGUUCCAGACAUGCGGUCAUUUAGUCCCGUUCUUUAAAAAGGAGUUAUCUGACCUCUUGAGAGGGGAGUGCUCUCAACUCCCAGGUAUCCUCCGAUGUCUCCUCAACCUCCCCUCCAUAUAGCGCUCUAUUUAGAGGUCUGGGGGCCAAACUAUACCUGCUUAAAGGAACAGUUCCAGAGUUUUUCAGGGUAUCUCCAGGUCAGGAGCUUGAUGUGUAAAACAAGUCCAGGUGAUCCCCAGAGGUCCUCAAGUCUGGCUGGGAAGUACAGUAAGCGUCCAGAGCCCCCUUACUCCUCCUCAGAGAGAAAAUAGCCAAUUUUCUGGACAAGGUCCAUAGCCUUCUAAAAGUUUGUGAUAUGAGAGCUUCUGUCACAAUGGAAUUUUGUGGGUUGCCAUUUCUAUGAACAGGACAACUGCUCACGAUAAAUUCUUUAUGGUAGAAGCUCUGCUUUCGUCAAAGGACUUGAGACCCCCCACUAACACUGCAAAGAGUCUAAUGAAGAUAUAUUGCAAAAUGUAUUUUAAAGUUAAUUACAUUAUAUUUGAAUAAUUUGUCUGUAACGGAACACUGAUUUCUCACAGACUAUUUCCGCUGGUAAUCCUAGUGUGGCCCAGGAACCCAUAGUUACCCAGGAGAACGUCCACCAUAAUCAAUAAAAUAAUCCAAUAGAGUAGCAGGCACGAACAGUAAAAUAAUCCAGUAAUAUCCCAUCACGUUUCCCAAUAACUGGACGACACACAGUAUCAGGAGCAGAACUCACCUUUAAUCACACAACCUCUACUUUUAUACAAUCUUCCCAUGCAAGGGAGACACCCACAAUAAUUAGUACAUUACUAAAUGCCAUCCAGAGUUGGGCAGGCAUUCGGAUUAAUCCCCUUGUUCGUGGGAUUCAUCCUACCGAACGGUGGGCCGUUCGGGAGCUCAGUCUUUUCUGUAGCUCUGGAGGUCUCAGCGAUGUUUGCUUAGUCGAGUGUCCGAUUUGGGUUCCAGACACUCGACGAUCAAACACCACUGUUCGUGAGUUUAAGAUGGCCGCUGCCACGUGUUUGGCUCCUGAAAUGGCGGCCACCCAGGAAAUACAGCUAAGUGUUUGUGCUUUUUACAGGGGAAUGCAGUGGACGAACAGGAAGGUUAAUUACAGCACACUCCUCUUCCAGGGUGGUCUGGCUGUUCGGUACGUUAUUCGUAUUCAGGGCUAUCAGGGGAUACCAUAUUUAGGGGUACCUAGAUAUUUGGGGUACAUCCAGAACGUGGGGAAAAUUGUGUGCCUUUUAAUUAUGUUAACUGAUAAUCUGAGGGGAGGAGAUGUGUGGGUUGUACCUAAUUGGUUACUGUACUAAUUAUUGUGGGUGUCUCCCUUGCAUGGGAAGAUUGCAUAAAAGCAGAGGUUGUGUGAUUUAAAGGUGAGUUCUGCUCCUAAUACUGUGUGUCGUCCAGUUAUUGGGAAAUGUGAUGGGAUAUUGCUGGAUUAUAUUGCUGUUCGUGCCUGCUACUCUAUUGGAUUAUUUUAUUGAUUACGGUGGACGUUCUCCUGGGUUAAACAUGGGUUCCUGAGCCACACUAGGAUUACCAGAGGAAAUAGUCUGAGAGUGAUCAGCGUUCCGCUACAGUGUCACUAAGCCAGGCUUCCAGUUGAAGGAUGCGUUGCUUAAAGGGACACUAUAGUCACCUGAACAACUUCAGUUUAAUGAGAUUGUUCAGGUGAGAACUAUAGCUCCCUACAGCUUUUCUCAUGCCUUUCUGAGAAAAUACAGUGUUUACAUUGAAAGCUAGGAACACCUCCAGUUGCAGUCACUCAGAGUGAACCAGAGGGACUUUGGAGUUGAUGGAGGCAUGAUAUGCCUCCAUCCAGUCAGAUCUGCUGUGCAAGAGCAUCCUGUGAUUCAGUAUCUCCUCCCACUGCAUGCAGACACUGAACUUUCCUCAUAGAGAUUAAUUGAUUCAAUUCAUCUCUAUGAUGAGAUGCUGAUUGGCCAGGGCUGUGUUUAAAUCAUGCUGGCUCUGCCCCUGAUCUGCAUCUUUGUCAGUCUCAGCCAAUCCUAUGGGGAAGCACUGUGAUUGGAUCAGGCUAUCACAUGUCAGCAGACUGCUUGUUUUUCCAAAGUCUAACAGCAUGCAGAUUUACAGCUUCUGGCUUGAAUACAGUAAGAUUUUUACUAUAUUUAUGGAGGCAUGAGGGGCCCAGGGGGUGGUCGUGUUAACACUAUAGGGUCAGGAAUACAUGUAGUUGCACUGGUGACUAUAGUGUCCCUUUAACUGAUACCAUGUAUGUAAUUUGGGUCCCUAACCAGCAAAGGGUAAGAACCCCUGAUAUAGCUGAUUGCUAAUAAUAGUUAAGUUGUGUGUUUAAAGAAACAGACAAAAAAACAAGACCCUACAGCCAAAGCAAAAAUAGAAAUCGCUGGAUUAAAACUAAUAUGUUAGAAGAUGUUGCAGAAGUUUGUGAAUUUUAGAAGAGUAUAAAUAAAAUAAAAGGCAGAAUUCCAUUGUAAAUUUAUUUUCAAAGUGCGCCUCUUAUGCAAAUAUAUUGUGGUAAAAUUUAAAGGAACACUAUAGGGUCAGUUUCAGUUUGAUUUUAUUUUUUAUUUUAUUUUUUUUUUCUUUAUUUUAACUGAAUUACUAUCAAAUGUAUAUAUUUUUUUUAUAUUGUACAAAAAUAUAAUAAAAGUAACCUUCCCCAUUCCUAUGUAAUUCUCCAUCCCAUACCAAAUGACUCUCUUCUAGCCUCCAGUCAUUUUUAGAAGUCACCAAAAACCCACCUCUUUAUUAAACCCUCUUUCUCCUUUUCUCAUUUCAAUUACCUUCCUCAGCUCACUCCCUCUCCUUUCACUGUUCGGUUUUUCCACACACCACUUUUACUAGCUAUUUUGACACCGGCAUCUCAUCCAUCAAUCUCUCCUCUCCUCUGACAUGCUGUUAUUCCUCCUGUGUGUCUUUACCCUUUUCUUGUAGAUGGAAAGCUACGUUUGAGCAGGGCCUUCCUCACCUUUGUCUCUGUUAAUAUUUUGUAUUUCAAUUACUUGUUGUCCAAUGUCCCCUUUCUAUGAUUGACAUUGAAAACUGGUGAAUCGCUGAAGGUCUGUUGGUGGAAUUGUGACAGGAAAGGAGUCUGUAUCCAGACCUUCAGCAUAGGUUUCUCGUAUUAUGAGUAAAGCUGGGAGGACUUUACCAGGGUUUGUACUUAAAACAUCAUCAGAUCCACUAUUUUAUUAUUGUGAUUUCUAACUUGGAAGCCUGUUUUUAUUUUUUAGAUAGCUUCCAUCAAAGGUUCUAAUGAUGUGAAGAGGAGGGAUGAGAUUGGUCGUACUUGCUUUUAUCCCAUUUAGACUUCCAAAAGAGUUUUUUUUUGGGCUCCACGUCAAGAGCAGUGAUAAUACAGAUAAAUUGAUCUGUGAAUUAAUUCUGUCUCAGGACAGUCAGUGAGAAGGGCCACAGGAGGCAAUUGAAGUUUUUAGGGUAGGAAUAUUCAGAGAUGAUCAAAAUGUUAUUUGGGAUAUCUGGGUGGGAGUGAACUGGGGAUGGUGGCAGUGGGGAUACCGGAUGUAGGCUGAAAGUUGGGAAUUUGUGAUAUUUUGUGUACCUAUUCUACUUUCUCAAUGCAAGGGGCUAAAACGGUCCUGGUUUUAUCUAAUCGCUGCAUUCUAGAAUGAGGGUGGGUAAACAUUGUGCACACUGCCUGAUAUCUCCCACUUGCCUCCAAUUCUGCUAUACUUUCCACCCUAUCCUAAUUUACUCUGGCCUUUCCUUUACCUUCUGCUUAUCUGUGUCAACUGUGCAAUUCAGCACAAUAGCCAAUCCCUAUCGGCCUACUCUGCUUCCUGUACUUAGAUUAUCCCAGGAGCAUGGGACAAGACAAUCAUGCAAUGACUAUCGGCUGGGGAGAAGCAUGUUUGAAACUCCCACCCUCCUUCUUGCUGAAAUAUCUCAGCCAUCAAUCCAUUGUAGAACAAAUAAUGCUUCCCUUUAUUGGGACAUUCCAAGUUCCAUAAUCUCUGAUCAUUGCAUAAGUUAUGGAGCUAAGAUGUCACUGCAGCCCUGUCUGUGCAGACUUUGACUUAUACAUUUUUAAAGGAACUACAUCUUAGUGGUUCUGGUGUCAAUAGUCAGCAUGGAUUUUUAUGUAAACACUGCCUUUUCAGAGAAACGGUCUAGUAACGCCACUAGAGGUGCUUCCUGAGUCAGUGCUGCAAAGUGUCCAGCUUUAGCGUUCAGCGUCUUCAUGCUGUGCAUUUUGCAUUUUUCAUAUUCAAGUCACCAUCGUCGUACACUAUUCAGUAAAUAAAUUAGUUGGUACAAAACAAAUUACUCUAUGUGCUAAUAUGUUUGUUUUUAUUUUUUUGUUAGUGGCAUUUCUCCAUUCAGUAAAAAUCAGCCGGUUAUUCCCUAUUUAGUAAUUUUGUAAUACAAAUGAGAAUUUUUUUUUUCAAUAAUCAAUGCUUCUUUACUGUGACAAAAUUAAUGAAUAUUCCUUGUGUACAUUUAGAACUUUAAAUAGCUCUGUGUGAUUCAAAAAUAAGUUACACUGUCCAAUUUAUAACAUAGGUGUGAAAUCAGGAGUCUUGGUCAUCUCCAAAAUUAUCCCUUUUAGAAAAUGAGUUUUCUAAAUAUAUGAUUGACUGACUGCAUCACAUUAGUAUUUUUUCAUAGAUGGUGGCCGUGGAGUAACUAUAUCAAUACUUGGAUCAUUCUAUUGGCUAACUGUAUAAUUAGUCUCUUAAAGGACUACUAUAGUGCCAGGAAAACAGACUCGUUUUCCUGGCACUAUAGUGCCCUGAGGGUGCCUCCACCCUCAGGGCCCCCUUCCUGCCGGGCUCUAGGGUGAGGAAGGGGUUAAACUUACCUCUUUAUCCAGCGCUGGGCGGGCCUCCUCUCCGCCUCUUCUCCUCCUUGGCUGAAUGCGCAUGUGCGGCAAGAGCCGCGCGCGUUUUCAGCCAGUCUCAUGCGAAAGCAUUCACAAUGCUUUCCUAUGGACGCUGGCGUCUUCUCAGUGUGAAAAUCACAGUGAGAAGCGCGGAAGCGCCUCUAGCGGCUGUCAAUGAGACAGCCACUAGAGGCUGGAUUAACCCUAGUAUAAAUUAUAGAAAAAAGGGUUAAACCUGGCGCCCAGACCACUUCAUUAAGCUGAAGUGGUCUAGGUGCCUAUAGUGGUCCUUUAACCUCAGUCUAGAACUUAACAUUCUUAAUGAGAAAAUAUAUGCUAGCUUUUUUCAUAUCUUCUGUCAUUAUAGGUAUGUCAUUAAUGUACCACAUCUCCCUAAAGCUAUAAUAAAUAUAUAAUUUAUCAUAAAGACCAAGCAUGUGUUAAUUGCCGUAAAAACUGUUAAGUUAAUAUACACCAUCUCUGCAGUGCUAUGCCGACUAUCAUGAUCCAAUCCAGGUCUCCUAGGCACAGUCGGGGCACAUAAUGCAAAUGAGGAGAGGAAAUGGAUAAUUUCUCCUCUUCUAUGUAAAUUGUCUCUAUGCUGACUUCCAGGUCCAAAGACAGAGCUCAUAACAAUGGUUGACAGGGAGCUACGAUGGAGGCGCCCAGUUGCAGGAUGCCUAGUUAAAGUUGCAGUGCGGAUGCCACCAGUUAAUUUUAUUUUUCACACCGCACAAAUAGAUGUUGGUUAAAUAUAGGGGAUAACUAAAAAGAUUUUUGGAAAAAAAAAAUUUGGAGGUGAAAGUUCCCUUUUAAUCUGUACGGCAGCUGUCAAAGUUUUAGUUACCAUGCAAGGAAUAAAAUGUACAAAUACUUUAUUGUGCAUACACAGGAAACUCCAUUUUGCGUAUUCACAUUUCAGUUGGAUACUCUUGGAAAAUGUAUGCAGAUUAGAAAUGUAUUAAACAGUCCAUUUCUAUUCUUCCAAGUAAUCAUUUCAGGAUUAUACACAUGUGCAAUUCUAUUACAGCUGGUUACAGCGCACAUAUACCCAAUCACCUCCUCACUAGACAUCUUCUGGUGUAAUGUUCUCAAACGUAUUUCUGUCUGUUGGGUACAUCAUCAAGACAUGAUCUUGUUUCUAUGUUUAAAAAAAAAAAAAGAAUUAUUUCUGGAAUGUUGUCCUUUUUGAGGAAUCGCAGACUGCAACUUUGAAAUAUCACACUGGGAUUUAAGUUCUAAGGUGCAUCUUUGGUGUUCCUGAUUCUGUCACUUUGUAUUCUUUUCAGACGAUCAUGUUUCACUCGAAAAGCUUUCAAUCCCUUCCCUUGCUGUUAAUAUCUUCUCACCAAAAUGAUAUAUAAUCACACAUCCACUUUAAACACAGCUUUAUGGAAUGUGCUAUAAUUUUGUGUUUUGUGUAAGUGCCAAUUUGCAAGCAAACUCCGUAUUUAUGUCUGAUGUAUUUUUGGAAUCAAAUUCUCCAUGUGGCAUUGGUAAGAUCUUGAUGUUACAGUAGUCCCUAUGGGAGAACAUGGGUUCUAAUAUAGAAACCGAGCACAAGCUGAGACCUGCAUUGCUAUUAAUACAAAGUAUUAUUUUAAGUCGUGCAAUUGUACAUUUAUAAAUACUCUUCUGUCUGGCUGCUCAGUGUGAUUGUCACACAAUCAACCUGGUAACUUUUUAUGAGGGGACCUGCACAGCAGCUGUGUGCAUGUAAAAUUAUGCGUGACUGUAUCUGGCAAGCUUCUACAUUCUCUCAACUCUGCUUUUUGAUUUCAUUCAGGUCCUUUCAUGAAUCAAGCUGUUUAAUAAGUAACGGUUUGAGAAGCGUGGGAUGACUAGGAUUGGCUGCGAAAACACAGCAAGUUUCUGCAAAGAUGGGAAAAUCAGUGCUUAAGUAUAUUUUUAUUUAAAGGGACACUAUAGUCACCAGAACAACUACAGCUUAAUGUACUUGUUCUGGUGAGUAUAAUAGCUCCCUUCAGGCAUUUUCAUGUAAAAACUGCCUUUUUAGAGAAACGGCAGUGUUUACAUUGCCCCUAGGGGCACCUCCAAGUGGCCACUCCUUAGAUGGCCACUGGAAGGGCUUCCUGGCUCAGCGCUGCACAGUAAGCAGCCCUGCCGUUCAACGCUGAAUUUGCCUCAUAGAGAUGCAUUGAUUCAAUGCAUCUCCAGGAGUAGGUGCUGAUUGGCCAAAACGAUGUUUGGCCCUGCCCCCUUGACGAUUUUAGCCAGUCCAAUGAUUUCCCCAUGUGAAAGCAAUGGAUUGGCUAAAAAUCAGCAAUUUUGAUGUCACCAAGGGGGGUGGGGCCAGCGCCUGUAGACCCGUGGAGAGCUGAAAAUAAAGUAAAUGUUAUCCCAUUCUGAGGGGGCUAAGGGGAGAUGAUGACAAGCCACCUAUAUGGUGGGUUUUCACUAUAGGGUCAGGAAUACAUGUUUGUGUUCCUGACCCUAUAAUGAUCCUUUAUUGAGAGAUAUAUAUAUAUAUAUAUAUAUAUAUAUAUAUAUAUAUAUAUAUAUAUAUAUAUAUAUAUAUAAAAAAAAAAAUUAAAUUUUUUUUUUUAUCUACAUAAUGUACGGUAUAAUCUGCCUAACCUAUAGGUCCUCUUGCUUGAAGUGUCCUUUUUGUGUUGGGCAAGUGGGUUUCCUUUUUUUUUUUUUUUUUACUUAAUGCUUUAUAUUUUAAUAUCAUAAACCGCCAGAAUAAUAAAAUGUGAUGUAGAUGUUGCCAAGCAGAAAGAAAAUGGACAUAAGGAUCCAAAGAGCCAGAGGGAGUCAGGAUAAUUGGUUUCUUUACCCCUGUUUAUAACCUGCUCUGUGCAUUUAUUAUGGUAACACAUAGACCAUCUGUUGCAGCUGUAUGUAAACACAUUGUAGCUAUGUAGAUCUAUUAAACCGCAUCUGUCAUCUGUCGUACGAAAAUAAAAUAUCUGUAAGAGAAUAAACUACUAACUGUGCUUAAAGGUGCACUAUAGGGUCAGGAACACAAACAUGUAUUCCUGCCCCUAUAAAGUUAAAAUCACCAUCUAGCCCCAUUUUCACCUCAUGCCUCCAUAAAAAUAGUAAAGUAACAUCUUACUUAUAUUCAAGUCUGGAGCUGCUUACUUAGUCCCUGUUUCCUUUAGACCUGCCCACUGCCUGCUGACAUCAUCAGAAGUGAUAGCCUGAUCCAAUCACAGUGCUUCCCCAUAGGAUUGGCUGAGACUGACAAAGAGGCAGAUCAGGGGCAGAGCCAGCAUGAUUCAAACACAGCCCUGGCCAAUCAGCAUCUCCUCAUAGAGAUGAAUUGAAUCAAUGAAUCUCUAUGAGGAAAGUUCAGUGUCUGCAUGCAGAGGGAGGAGAUACUGAAUGUUUGGAAGCAUUUUAGGCAGCCAUGACCCAGGAAGGAUCUCUAACAGCCAUCUGAGGAGUGGCCAGUGAAGUUAUCACUAGGCUGUAAUGUAAACACUGCAUUUUCUCUGAAAAGACAGUGUUUACAGCAAAAAGCCUGAAGGUAAUGAUUCUACUCACCAGAACAAAUUCAAUACGCUGUAGUUGUUCUGGUGACUACAGUGUCCCUUUAAGAAACCCAGAAUCUUAGCCUCCCAAAACUUAUUAGACAGAGUUUAAGAGAUGCCAUGGACUUUUUUUAAAAAUUUUUAUUCUACGAAUGCUAGACAAACCAUAAGAAAAUUACAAACUUAAAGGGACACUACAUCCCUACAUACUUCCUGAAAAAAGUUCUAAAUGUUUUAGCUUCCUUUAUUGCACAGUCUGUAUAAUUCAGAAGUUAUCUCCUGCUAGAGCAAGCAACAGUCUUGUGUACAAUAAAAUAUGUUUAAUACCUUUUUUAGGGCAGCCAUGUUGGAUUUGCAUACCAAUCUUUUAAUGAGAUUGCUGUCUUAUGUGCUAACAGUAGCAGCCAAUUAGAACCUGACAUUUUAUCAUUUGAUCUGAUUAUUUGUCACUGUUCCGCUGUGUAGAGCAGUACAGAGAAAUAAAGCGAUUUAUUCUGUGAAUACCCUUUGGCGUAAAUUGAAAGCUAUAUUGCAAAAUGUACGCCAAUAUGGGUGAUGUUUGGGGAAAUGCCUUCUAAACCUGAUAUGCUCAUAAAUUUUAUCCUUUUCUGCAUAAAUUUAGCAGUUUUGCUUUUCUACAAUUUGAUGUUUAGUGACGAAGCUUAAACUAAGUGUUUUGAACUGCUAACUAUGUAGAAGGCCCACAUUGCCCAAGGGAAGUGUAAUACGUUUAUUUAGUUACAGUAGGAAAAUUACUGGACAGUUUCUAAAAUGAACCAUAAGGUACAUGCUGUUUUUUUAAAUUUCUUUUUGCUGUAUAAUGUUAGACAUUUUUCUUUUUAGAACAUUCCAGUUAGAAUUAUCAUAUUCACUAAUACAACCAGUGAGAAAAUGGCAGCCAAGGGAUGUAGAUAGAUACAUUGAGGAAUAAGAUAUCUGCUAAACCAUGUCUAAAUGAGAUAUAGAUCACUUUCUCAGCUCUUUUUUUAAUUGUCAUUUUUUUUUAUCAAGGAGCUCAAUCAGUGUGAUGGUGAUUUAUCAGUAGGCCAUACAUUGAUCUGUUCACUUUCUUGGCCGCUGCGGGCUAUUAAAAUCCUUUGUCCCGGAAAAAAAACCCAACUUUCUGUAAGGAAGAAUUAAUGGGGUGUGUUGGGCACCCCCUGACCUCCAUGUUUCCUUUUGUUUUUUUGUUCUCCCUGUUGUGACCGCACCUUACUUUCAAUGUUGCCAAGAUAAAACAAACUCCCCGUGACUUCUCGGUGUGUCCGGAACAAAUUGCUAAUGGAAUUUUCUAUAAUUUUUUUUUUUUUAAAAUACAAAUUGGGAGUAGUUUGUUUUAUGCAUGCCACCCGCUGAGCUGGAUAAAUCACUGCUAAUAGGGCUAAGUUAAGCAUGUUCGCUGCUCCUCUGAUUAACCCUUUGAGAGCAAGUGGUGAAGAGUAACACAUGUUAUUUCACCCUGACUCCCCGAGAGGUUAAAGAGAACCUGAUACUUUAAGUAGCUCAGUUUUGAGCAAGGACCCACCAAGAUGACCCGUUAACUUAAUAAUGAAGCCUGUAAAUGCAAGGUGAGGGAUGUAAACUCCGAUUAGGUUUUGCCGCCUUCGUUCUUGGUGUUCACUGUUGACCCCUUAAAGAAACAUUUCAAACCCAUAAUCACUAGUAGUGGUUAUGGUGUACUGCAGUGGUUAUGUGCCAGGAGUGCCUUGGUGCCCUCCCAGAGUAAGUAGUCAAACCUUUUGGGAGUGGUUUGACAACUUACCACUGAUCUGCCAGGUGCUAGUAGUUUCUUCUUGUGCCCCCCAGAAGCACUGAAUCAACCCAGAUGGAGCAGGACUUGGGUCAUUGCCUGACGGCACUAUAUCCAAUGAAAGAAGAGCUAGUGACAUCUCCGUGGAGGAACUUCCAGCUCAACGGGAGAAAUCACCCAGUUGACCCCAGGUAAGUUGUCAAAUGGUUAGAGUACCCUACCUGGUAUGCUACCAGGGCACUCCUGGUACCAUAACCACUAUAGUGGGCUAGUACUUUAAUUAAACAUAAAAUAAAAUGUGUACUGGAAGGAGCUUCAGCACGAUCUUUCAAAAUCUUUUCAUGCGUGUGCAGAUCAAUGCCAUAGCCAUUUAUUGUUUAUAUUAUGAGAAAAUGCUAGCUGUCGCUAGUCCAAUCUUUACCUUACUACAUAACUCUAGUGUGCUGAAAAUUCCAUGUUCUAUUGCAAUAUCUAGGUAGUUUUUUUUUUUUUUGUAAAUGUUUUUUUUUUUUUUGUGUGCAGAAUCUCCAGUCUGACACCAACCGUAAGAUGCAAAUAAUUAUUGGUUUGCAAACAAAAUGCAGUCUUGGUUACCCUAGACUAAUGUAUGUAUUAAUAAUAUACACGUAUAUACUAAUUAAUAUCGACUAAUAUAUAUAAACUAUAUUUGUAUUUAAUUCCAGACUAGCAUAUCGUGAAUGUUAAUUUGUUAUUUGACAGAUGAACAUCUGUUGUCCGACGUUAUCAGCUUCUACCCUUGCAGGCUUUGCUCCCUCUCCACAGUCUCGGUCUCAGAUUGCGCUCUGAGCUAGUGAGAACAGUCCAAUCAAACGCUUCUCUAUGAAAAGAAUUUGAUUGGGUCUCUCAAUCCAGCACUGGAUUCCAGAUAAGUAAUUGCUUAUAUUAGUGCAUAUUAAUAAAAAAAAAAAAAAAACACAAAUGAAUUACUAAGGCGCAACAGGCCAUUCUAAAUUAAGAUAAUGAAAGAGAGUUGGAGUACACCUUUAAAACAUUUGGAAUUUUUUUUGUUUUUUCUUCUUGUUUAAUAAACUUCAGUCCCAUCCAUUUCUGUCUAUUUUAAAGUGUUUAUAUUAAAAUGGAGCUUCCUGGCCUCAAUCCAAACCUACACCCAGAUGGCCAGUCUGAUCAGGGGAAUGUGAUAAUCUCUUCUCAUACCCACAGCCUCACUGAAUGAAAUACAGGAAUAUCUAGGAAUUUAGAAAUGGAACUAGUCAGGGGCCAGGCCAAGAAAGGGGCAUGCUUCUGCCAAAAAGGCUACUUGCUGAAUAAGCGAAGCAUGAAUAAUUUGGCAGUUAUGUGCUUUAAAUGGAAACAGAAAAUGCAUUGUGCCACCAUAUAGAUUUAACAAAAAAGUUCUAUUUUUGUUUUUUUACAAAAAUGUUUUUUAAAUAUUUGAAUCCUUUGUUAUUAAAAAAUAAAAUAAAAUAAAAAUAGUAAGAUAUAAAGUGCCUCCUUUUCAAUAAUUAAAAACUUGCAACCCAAAUUCCCCUUAUUUUCCUGUGAGCACAGAAUGCUCUGUGUGUAAAAUAAGAGGCUGACACAAAUGGUGUAAUUUUGCUUAAAAAACAAAAAACAAACAAAUAAGCUAUAGCAGUAAAACUCACAGAAAUGUGUUGUGUAUACAAGCAUACUCAGUCUCACUGAGCCCAACAGCAAUUGAAACUUUCAGUAAUAUGAAGCGUAUAAGUGCUUCAAAACCUUAUAGGAGGUAAAUCUGGGGAGGGGGGGAGGCACCAGGGAAAGCCCUCCUUCCCCCAAGAAACUUGUACUGUUUGUACUGUGCUAAGUGAUUGUGUAGAGUUAGCGGUUUGCAGUGAGCUUGGAUUGUCAAGGUGCUAUGUAGUGAUCUGUGUAGUGAUUUUUCUUUAGGGAACUUAUGUGUCUGCCGGUGAGCUUGUGUAGUGAACUUGUAUUGAUGCCCCUCCCGAGAUUCUGGUCCGUCCCUGACCCUGAUGUGUGCAUAUCCUAGAGUUGUACAGAAAUAGAACUCCGAUUCAGUCUCUAACCUUUAUAAUGCCAGUGUACGUGCAUGGGAUAAUGUAAGACAGGCGAGUUGAGAAACCCACUUAUAAUCUAGUUGUUAACCAUAUGUUACCUUCUUGGACCACUAGAAUUGUGAGCUCUUGUGACCAGGCCUUAUUGGUCUUGGCAUCUUUAUUUAAAAGUAUAAUUUAUAAUGCUUUGUCUCCUUGUUAUACAGCACUGAAAAAUAACAGUUAAUGGAAUGCUGGUCUGCGAGUGUCGCCAAUGUUGGGGUAUGCAGAAUUCAGCACAAAUUUUAUUGAAUUGGCUUUUAUUUUUUUGUGCAGACACUCCAAAUUUCCAAUGUGUGCUAUUUAAAAAUGUCAGAUUUUGGUAUGACUUUAGGGUGGGUGCGCUGUUUGUUACCCAUGUAAGAGAUCGUAGUUGAUAAUACAAAGGCUUGACUAACUCGGCAGGUUAUCAUCGCGGCUCGGUCACCCCCCUCUCCCCUUUACGAAGUAAGCAUUAUAUAAAGAUAACAUCUUUAUCAAAUACUUACUUGGACUUUGUUGUAAUUUUUUCUUAAGUUUCAAUGCCAUCAAACAAUAUCUUAAGACAUAGUAGGGACCCCUGGGCCACUGAGCGGCAACGUCACAAUCUGGGAGUCCUUGCACAACAUGCAAAGACCAUAGAAGGUGACAGACACUUUAAGAAUAGGAUGAUGUAACAAACUGCUUUAAUUCAAGCUUUGUGCGCAAGACCAUUUCAGAAAGCUGUCCUUCGAGCAUCUCAACUUCUAACGUGAGGUUAUACAAUGGCCAAUACAUGUUUUAAACUAAAUUGCUGUAUUGGUUGCUUUUUAAGUCUUGUACUGAUUGUAAAUUCCAACAUCUAUUAUUUUUUCCAUGACUGAAGCCACGGGCCUUUGUGUGUCCUUAUUCAGCCUCUCAAAAGGAGCUUGCGGUUUGAUAUGGAUCCUAUGAAAAACAUUCUUGGGGGAAUUUACUGAAAUUCCUAACUACAGAUGUUUGUCAAAACCUCGGCCGAACGUUGGAGAGAAAGAAACACAUCACUACGAACUUUCACUGUGCUACUGUAUUUAUACCAAAAUACCUUGGAGAUCAUUUAUCAAAGUGUUCUGAAAUGUUAAAGUUUCAUUCUGUUAUUAUUAUGAUUGUAUUUAUUAAAGUGUUCUAAAAGUGAUAGCAGGUAGAUUCUGCUAAUUUCUGUAGGAAUUCUCAUUUAAGAAGACCGCCCAAUUUAAAAUUAAAAGGACAUUAUAGUCACCCAGACCACUCCAGCUUAAUGAAGUGGUCUGGGUGCCGGGUCCCUCAGGUUUUAACCCUGCAGAUGCAAACAUAGCAGUUUCAGAGAAACUGUUAUGUUUACAUUGCAGGGUUAAGCCAGCCUCUAGCCAGCAUUGAAAAAUGCUUUCCUAUUGACAGCUUGAAUGCGCGCGCGGCACUUGCAGAGGGAGAGGGAGCUGACGUCGGCGGGGGAGGAGAGGUCACCAGCAACGAGGGAACCCGGCGCUGGAAAAAGGUAAGCUGCUGAAGGGGUUUUAACCCCUUCAGCGCCACGGGAGGGGGACCCUGAGGGUGGGGGCACCCUCAGGCCACUAUAGUGUCAGGAAAAUCCCCCAAACCGAACAGAUUUAAAUUGAAGAAAUUCGCCAAUACUCGGUUAUUAAGUCAAAUGCUUCUCAUAGAGAGCCAUUGACUGGCGCAGUGUAGCAUUUUGCACUAGCCUCCAUAUGCUUCACUAUGGGGAAGCAUUGGAUAGGCAGAGAUUAUCAAGAUUUAUAUCAUCAGCCAGGGAGGCGGUACAGCCAUGGCAACACCAGUGCUCUGUGUGAUCUAGUACGUAAAACUUGCUUUUAAAACUCUUGUUGAAAGGUUGCGCACAGAUAGGUAGCACGGUAACACUAUAGCAUUAAGAAUACAUAUAAUCCAUUUGGGAAAAGGGAUAGAUUUUAAUUUUUUCCCCCGUAUUAGUUUUUUUUCCCCCAUAUACAUAAAAAUGUAUCGUCAUGUUAACUGUUGCAAAUAUAAGUUACAUUCACAAUUUCAGUAUACACAUGCUUCUUACCCCUUUAGGGUCCUCUGUAUGUAAUCAGACUGGCAGAUCACAUGUACUUAAAUCUGAAAUCUAAAUUCUUCCUACACCAGUACAAGGCACUGCCGGCAUGUGAGGGAGGGCCCGGGGACCUUUGCUAGUUUAUAAGACCCAUCUGUACCUUAUCACGAAACUGGGUUAUGUCGCAUUUUUGAAAAUAUUCUUUAGAACUUUCGAUUUGUGGCUCCUGGUUGCUUUUGGCUAUGAUAUGCUAGUUUGCUAAAAUAUCUGAAAUGUAUACAUCUGGCUGGGAGGCUUUAGUAAAAUAACACAAUGGAGCAGUGAUGGCUGGUGAAGUUUGGAGAUGGUGAGGUACUACCCACUUAACCCUGUUUACUCAACUCCUCAGCCAAUGAAACUCUGUGCCAUGUUCAAAACUUAUGGUUAUUUACUUCUUUUACAUUUUUAUUUGUUUAUUUUUGCAAACACAAACUGGCAGAGUGUUACCCCACUUGCCCCUAUGGCUGUGGUCCUCUGCUAUUGUGUACUGUAAUAGAAGUCAAGUAAUUAAUAUACUUUGUCCUUGUGAUGCACAUGUAUGUCUGUAUAUAUCAUUGUUGGUGCUAGGUUGUAUAUAAGCUAUUCUACGGUAGAUUGCCUGUUAUCUAAAGCUCUGCAUUGAUUUUCUGAGUUAUCUGCCUUUUUCAACAAAUAAUCGAUGCAUAAUGGAGGCUCACCGGUGAGACUUGCUGUCCACCGAAAUUGAUUACCUAUUCCUCAUGUGCCUUCUUUGGUGGCAUAUAAUCCAUGAUCUCAUGUAAUACAAAUAAAACGUUUAAUACUGGUUAUCACAAACAAUGGAUUAUUUAGUCUGUGACCCUACCAUCAUACACGAGUAGUUAAAUAUUUAAAAACAUUUUUUACAUUUUAUUUUUGCUCGUAAUUUAAAAAAAAAAUCUGUCUGAUCACCUUAUAUACAGUAAAAUGCUUUGUUGUGUUUUUAUUUUAUUUGGGGGGGGGGAGGGGGGUGCAGGGUUUAAACAAUGUACCUUUAAAAGAGAAUACAUUUGUCUUCUUUGACAUCUUUUUACUGAUUGUAUGGUUUGGCUCAGUCGUAUAUUAAAAGGUUACUCCAAGCACCAUCAAGUGGUCAUGGAGCCUGGAGUCUGUAUUUGUGGCCUUUCACUGCGAAACAUUGCACAUACUGUUGCUGAAGGUGUAAAUCCAUAUCCGGCAGCUUCAUUUUGAUGUUGUUGGCCAGCCCAGAACGUCUGGAUAUUACAAUCAGGAGGAAAUAAGCACAAAAGUAAGAAAAGGAGGACAUCGUUUUACUAUUUAAACCAUGUCAACGGAAAAACAGAGCAUUUUGCUGGAACACAAAACAGAUUUUGGUUUCUGGUACGAUCAACAUAAAAUUAAAUCGUCCGGCUUUCUAAAUGCGUGGUGGCCUAUCUGCUUGCUGACACAUUGUUCUAUGUUAAAUUAUUUUAUUUCCAAGGGAAUUGGAGAAUGAAUAUUACUAAUACUAAUAUUGAUGAAAUGAUUCUGAGCGCUUUGCCUUUUCUCUCCAGUGUCACCGUGACCCCUAUGGUUUUUGUGAACAAAUAUUCUGUUACUGUAAAUGAUAAUUAAUUUGAUUAUCCUGAUAAAAGCAAGCUCACAUAAUUACAUAUACAUUUCAGAUCACUUGUGCACUAAGUGUAAACAAACCAAAGCACCAUGUCUAGGCUUAUCUAAAAAUGCCUAUUUUAGGGAAGGAGAGAAGGUAAGGCAAGGGGAACCUUAAAAACCCAGUUAAGGCAGAAAGUUACUCACAGAGAGAUCUAGCAGGGCAUAUUUGGGGUUGAAAUGAGAGGUUUAGGUAAAUGUUUUCCCUAAAUCACAGUGGCCUCCUUGCAAAAGCUGAAUGGUACAAAUGUGGUUUAGUAACGUAAUGCUAUAGGCAUUAACUGGCAUCCUUUGUCUAAAAGUAAACCCUAGAUUCAGGGAUAGGCAGCCUUCCGCACCCCAGAUGUUGUGGACUACAUCUCCCUUGAUGCUUUGCAAGCAUUGUGGCUGUAAGAGCAUUAUGGGAGAUGUAGUCUAAAACAUCUGGAGUGCCGAAGGUUGCCUACCCCUGCGCCUAGAUCAUUAUAAAUAUUAGUGAAAAGGUUAUUACAAAAUAUAUAAGCUAAAGUGGCUAUAAUUGGAGAUUUUUUCCUCAUUCAGCCUAAAUUUCACAAUUCUGUUUUCAAUGCAUGUAGUUCUGUAUCUUUUGAUUGAGCUAGGAUGGCAACAUAUUAACUUUCAAAUAGUUGUUCCAACAAUUUUUCUGAAUAUGACACUUAUUUGACAAGUAAAUAAUAGAACGAGGGAAGCUUUAUCUGUAUAACCACUGAAAGCUAUGGAGUAGCUUGUACUCGUAGGUAUUUUCUCUGGGGCUGGUUUUAAGCUGGCUGUUAUGUGACACAAGAAUUGGCCAGUGAUGGGUGGAAAGGCAUCGUCCAAAUGUGCUAUUAUGUCUCUUAAAUGUGCUAGAGGCUACUUGAUGCCCAGACUAGGCCUCUCAUUUGCUGGCUGUUUACGUGGACAAAUAUAUAUAAAAAAAUAAAUGCAGGUGACACUUGCGUAUCGAUUAUCCUAGGACCUAUUUCAAUCUUGUCCCAUAAUAUAAGAAGUCAGAAAAUGUAAACCAGGUUCAUUUAAAUUCUGCAAAGUUGCUGCAUGUUUGUGAGUGUUAAACAAAAAGGUGGUGAUAAGUGGAUCGGUAAGAAGGGAGAACAAGAGUCAUUGUGAUCACUUGGAAAAUGGUGUAAAAAUAUAAUGAAUACGAUAAAAUAUGUCUUCAGAAGCAGAUAUACCUGUUGAUUCAGCUAACAUGCGACCACGUAUGUUUGUUUUAGCUGUAAGUGGUUGUCCUUGUGAGUACAUCUUUUAUUGUGUUUAAUUGUCAUGUUCGACAUGUAUUAUUAUUUUUUUUUCUAUCUUUAUUUGUGAUCACCUACUUACAAGCACCUUAGCUAGAUAAAGAUUGUUUUAUAGCAUAUGGCUGUCAAAGUAAUUGUAGGGUAUAUAAAAUCCGCACUCCUCAUCUAUAGGCACAAUUACACGCCUGUUUUGUUUGCUGCAUUUCGCUCUUGUGGUUUUUUUUGUGUUUUUGUUUUGUUUUCUGUGCCACUUCAAAGUCAACACCUACAAAAACCGUAGCGGAAAAAUGAUGGGAAAUGUUGCUGGUUUAUCACACAUUCAGUUGUCUUUCAUAUCGUAAAUAAAUGGAAGACUGCGGUACAAUGUAAAGGCGUGUUUCUCUUAUGAUUUUAUAUUGAUUUAAUGUUUGUUUAAAGGGACACUCCAAGCACAACAAAAACCUAUGCUCAUUGUGUGGGUUAUAUUGAAGCGAGGUUCCCUUACCCGGUCUCCUGGCAUUCUGUAGUUUGUAACCGUGAUGUGCAAAAUGCGUUGCCCCCUCCCUCACUGACAUCAAGCUGGUAGUCUUUUACUUCCUUUGCUGCCCAAACAGGUAAAAAAUUGUGCGUUCUC